AUGACGUGUGAGUGCAGGCCGGAUUUCGACUAUAAUCCAGAUGAUGGUAGAUGUCAUGUUUGUCCUGGUGAUGGACAGUUAUGUACAUCAUGUUGUUUCGGAGGAAUGGUGUGCCAUGCCGGAAGGUGUACACAUUGUUGGAAAGAUCAGGACGGUGAAUGCAUAACACAGGACUCGUUGUUCUUCCUCACAGCAGCUCAAGUGGCACUGGCUACAGCAAUGGUGAUAGGAGUUUCCGCACUAGCUACUCUACUAUAUAAGACAUUUAGAGCGAGAGCAAGGAACGCCAAUCAACAAACACUAGAAAGCGACCAGAAUCGCCCCAGGGCGAGUCGACUUUCACUUUCGUCUAUUCAGAUACGAGUUCUCCGACGAUUAAGAGACAGGCCUCCGAAGUAUGAAACACGGCAUAACUAUGAAUUUCACCAACGAGAACGUACCGGUCAGACUAAUCAACAACGACGACACGACACUAGUCCAGUCAGUUCGCCUACCGGAGAUCCACCGCCGACGUACGAUGGAGAAGUGACUUCCGUUCUGGAUUUGCCUCCGCCAUACUCGGUGGAACCAUCCCAUGCGGAAACAAGAAUUGCCAUAAUAGGUGAGCAAUCUGUACCAAAUCACGACGCUCCAGAAGGUACUUUGAACGACCGUUCAAAUAGUGCGUGCAGUAAUAUAGAUGCAAGAGUAAACCCAAUUUCCACAGACUUAGAACAAAAUAGAACCAGUGGCUUCGAAGAGCUGAAAUUGAAGCUUGAUGGUGAGGAUGAACAUAAAACAGUACACAUUUAA